CCGGCGGUAAGCGCAGGAGUGCUGUUAACGCCGUUGCAUUGUGGGACACAUGAUUGACGCGGCGGCCAUUUUCCCGCUGGACGCUGCUUCCCAUUGUGGAUACGAAGAAGAAAAUACAGCCAAGCGACACAUUUCUCUCCACUUCCCCUCUAGGUGAUCUGUAGUAGCCAUGGCCCGUACCAAGCAGACUGCCCGUAAGUCCACUGGAGGUAAAGCUCCACGUAAGCAGCUGGCCACCAAGGCUGCUCGCAAGAGCGCCCCUUCCACUGGUGGUGUCAAGAAGCCCCAUCGCUACAGGCCGGGUACUGUGGCUCUGCGUGAGAUCCGUCGUUAUCAGAAGUCCACUGAGCUGCUGAUCCGCAAGCUGCCCUUCCAGCGCCUGGUGAGGGAAAUCGCCCAGGACUUCAAGACUGACCUGCGUUUCCAGAGUGCAGCCAUUGGAGCUCUGCAGGAGGCCAGCGAGGCCUAUCUGGUGGGUCUGUUUGAGGACACCAAUCUGUGCGCCAUCCAUGCCAAGCGUGUCACCAUCAUGCCCAAAGACAUCCAGCUGGCACGUCGCAUCCGCGGAGAGCGCGCUUAAGUGCUCUCUCUCUCCCCCUCUCCCUCUUGAUCUUUCUCCUUUCCACCACUUUCUGUCCUUCCUUCACCUUUCUGCCUCUCCGUCCCUCUGCCCCUCACCUGCCCUCCUUCCCCGUGUUAGUAGUGUGUAGAGGAAAACUGAUUAUAUUAUAAUUAAAGUGUAUAGUCGUGUUUUUCUUAGUGCUCUCAGCAGCAAACUUCUAGGGUACUCUCUUUUUGUGCAUGUACCGACUCUUUGGUGAUGAGAUCUCCUCAAGCACACAUUUCCUAGUUUGCACUGUUUCUAAAAGACUCUGUGAGGGAGUGGGUAACUUGUGGAUAAAGUGAGGAGAAACACGGGUAGAGCAAUGCAAAUGUGGGAAGGACAAGCAGGAGGAAAGGAUGGCUAUUUUUUUCUGCUGGGGGGACUCUGGUCUCCUUUCUGCAGGGUGCUAGAAGAACUUGCCUCUUCCUUUUGUCCUGCUUCCUGUCCUGCCAGCCUCCGCUCAGAUAUGGUUCGAUUCUGCUCCGGAGCGCCAAACCUGGAUUUUCUGUCCUUGUAUGUGUCUGCAUGAGUGUUGGCUCUGAUCACCACAGCAAAUUGUAUACAGUCUAUCAGCAUCUUGGGGAAGUAGUUUUAUGAUCACCAUACAGAUCAUUGCUGUUAUUCAUCGUGUUGGGUUUUGUCUUUCCAAAUAAGUCUCACACUUGGGAUUUUUUUUGUUUUGUUUUAUUUUAUUUUUCAAACUAUUUGACACAGAGUUGGGGGGGAUGAAACAGAUUAAAACAGAACAAAAAUAAAAAGCAGAUUAAAAAAAAAAAUUUUCUACUGAAAUGUGACGCUACUGACUGACACCAAAGUUUGAUCAUCUUGUAGACACUCUUGUAGAGUUUAACCUCACCUGUCUGUCUGUCGUGUUCAAAUUGGGUUCUUCAAAUUAUUUAAAGCCAAAGCUUAAGAGCUCAAAUGGUGUCAGAUACUUUUUUUAGCAGUGGCAAGUUUUUUAAUACUAAGACCUUUUUAUAGCAAAGGCUCAACAUGGUUUGUACUUUAAAACCAAGAGUUCUCAAAGUGUAAAAAUUAUUUUUCAAAUAAAAUGACUGAUUAAAAUGUGAAGGAUAUUCUAAAUCAGCAAUGAAUGACUAAUAAUAGUCAUGUUUCCUGUAUACGUCCCCCCUGUGCUUAUAUUUUUUUCACUCUGGAUCAAUUGAUCAUCCUUACACCGUUUCUCAGGUUGACUUAUCACCCCUAUGAACUUAAUUUUUGUUUUUUUUGUUUUUUUUUUUGUUUUGCUUUGAGCUUCUUUUUUUAAAUGUUGAGGAUAAUGUUUCAAUUAAACAAUGUUUGUAAUUUCCAGAUUUGUCAUAUAAGGUGGUAAUAAAUGGAUGUUACACACAC